GUGACGGCGUGGCGUACGGACGACCGUUGCAGUGGUGUGACUAUUAUUGUUGUUUUUUUUUUUUUUAUAAAGAAGAACGUACGUGUGCAAAUUUUAUCAUUCCUACAUUAUAUUAGCCCGUGUCAAUCGAUUAUAAACGUUCAUUAUAAAUUAUAAUACUGUUAUCUAUCGUAUUAACUUUCUGUUUUCCAAUCGCUUUGUCGCGUCUCGGUUUUCUUCUGUUUAACGCGCGCGAUGGUGUUGUUCGUGUUAUAUCCGUGAGACAGAAACAAAAGAAUACUAUUAUUAUCAUUAUCGUUUCCAGACGAGUAUAACAUAGGUGUAUUAUUACACCUAUAUAUUAUUGUAAUUGUCAUCGUGCAGCCAGUGUCUACAUCGUUCGCACAUCGCGGGUCUAUUGAAAAUACUAAUCGCUGUUGGACUACACCGUACAAUAAUCAAUCCGGGUACUUAUAUUAAAUAUUUUGUGUAGUAUUGCCAUCUAUAUAUUAUGUGGGUGUACGGAAUUAUUAGGAACGUUUUUUUUUUACUUUCGGUCGAGUUGACGGGUUUAGACGAUUCUUCAAGUUCUUCGAUUCCACAUAAUACCUAGGUAGGUGUUAUAAAUGGACGGAUUGAACACGAUAAUCACGCGAACGCGAAUUAUUGUGUGUAACGAACGCGAAAAACGAAUGUACGUUUAACUCGAUUAUUAUAUCACUCGACAUAAGCUAACUAAUUAUGGAUCGCGAUUUAGACGGUGGCGUAUUUACGGGGAGAGGUUAUAGGGAGAUAUACAUUGCUCUGCUCCAUCGAAUCUAUUAUUUACACGACUCUCUGUUUUGAAAUUCGAAUGCCUUUACUUUUUAGCCAAAAAAAUCAAACUUUUGAUGUGUCUCGGAUCGUAUAUUAUACAUUUACUUGUUCAAACCACUGCGAUAUGAGGGAGGUUAGAAUAUAUAUUGUAAAUAAAUGUAUAAUUAUAUUAUUUCCCUAGAUAUGUCUAGAACUAUAAAUUACUUACAAAAAUUAGUUUUUUUUUUUUUAGUUUAUUUGACAAAAUUUUCAAAUUAAAAAUCUCCCUACUUGGCAAAAUUCUAAAUGUGCGACUGAAUUUAGCGUAAUUCUAGAGACGUAUUUUCAUUUUUGGCGCCUCGGGGUACUGUUCCUCUAGUGCCUUUUUAUACUGCACACUUGAUAUUUUUAUUGUACACUUUGUGCUCUAAAUUUUAUUAUUUCAAGUCCCGCUGAGCGAUUGUAAACUGUGGAAUGGGAUUAAUAUUUUUUAAAAAAAACCUAAUAUUUAUCAUACCUACAUUCAAAUAUUACUAUGCCCCCCCCCAUUGAAAUUUGGUGCCCGGAUCAAUGCACCCCCUAACUUCCUUCAUAGACGUCCUUGACCGUAAUAUUAUUAUUGAAUUAUACACUCCUUAGAUAUAAAUAAAUUAUUAAGUUUUGGAACAGUAUAGUAUAAUAUUGUAACCGGUUCGUAAAAAUAAAAUAAAAAGUAAUUUCUAGCAUUAUUUAUUUACUUUAACAAAUCGAUAAUUACGUUUUUAAUGAAAAAUGUUAAUUAAACUCAAUUGUAUAGGUAGUUAAAACAGUGUAAAAGUGAAAUUACAAAAAAAGUUACAAGUUAUCUGUCUGUUAGUACAUUCCCAAUUUUAAUAUAAUUUUAAUGGUGAAUUAAUGUUUUUUUUUUUUUUUUUACAAUGUAUAGGUAUUCUUCGUAGCAAAAUGGAUAUUUUCGGGUAUUAAAACGGCGGCUCAUAAUAUAGCCAUCUAAUCCGUAAUGGUUAGAUUCGUAAUUAAUUAUUAGACAUGUCCGAGUGGGUAUUCGUAAAUGUAUUCAUAGGACCUUAAAAAUGAUUAAGUAGGCAUUAUCUAUGGAAUCAUAUUUUUCACAUAUACCGUGUUUGAAAAACCUACACACUCGAAUAACACACAUUUAUUUAAGUAUACGCUACUGUGUACCUGCAUAUUAUAGGUAUACAGUGUGUUAGUUCCCGGAAGACAUAUAUGAUUCAUUUUCACGUUUUUUUUUUUUUUUCAAAAAUAACAACAGUAAUUGUUUUUUAAUAACCCUACACAAUCCAUGGCCCUGAGUUACUACUAUAUACUUCACCUGUUUGAUGAUGAUAUCGUAUUGUUUUGUUUUUUUUCUCGAUUUAUUUCCUAGGUCAAACAUAUAUUGUAAUAUAAUUUGUUUUCUUUUAUAUAUUAUGAUGUUAUGUUAUACAUUAUAUUAUUCCUGCAUGAAUAAAUAAUAUUAACAAUAAUAUAUAUGUUUUUUUAUAUUAAUCAUAUUAUUAUUAUUAUUAUUAUUAUUAUUAUUAUGCAGGCUGGUAUAUUUGUUAAUUAACUACGUUGGAUUUUAAUUAAAUUUUAUUACUUUUGGGAAAAAAAACAAAUAUUGAAAAAAGGAUAUUAAGUAGGGUAGUAUAUUAUUAUUAUGUUUUCGGCGGAACUAUAAGAAAGUAUGCGUCAAAUCUAGGUUUUUAUUGCCCAAGAUUUAUAAUACAAUAAUAUAACAAAUUGUUAAACGAAGAAAAAAAACCGAUUUUUUUUUUUAUCACGAUAAAAAAAAGUAUUAAAAUCAGAUGGAAAACAUUACGUUGCCUGUUUUUAUUGUGAUAAUAAAAUCUUACAAAUUAAAAUAUAAUAUAAUAUAAAAACAAAAUAUAUAGGUAUAAUAUAAUGUAUAUAUAUGAAAAAAACGUCCUUUGGCCUUCGAAUAAAAACGUGCUAAUUUUUUUGUUUAAUAAAAUCCAUUAUAUAAUUCUAUAUCAUCGUUUUUCCCUUGUUUGUGUAUUAUUGUAAAUAUGUUUUCCUCGUACGUGUAUUAAUAACAACAAAAUAUUGUAUUGAUAUUAUGUUAUUUUUGUUAUAUUCGAGAACUUAUGUAAAAUAGCGUAAAACACUAAUUCCGACGUUAUUAUUUACUACAAUAUAGUGGCCGACCCGGUAUUUUUCAAGAUGGAUGUCCACACAUAUCUACAUUAAAAAAAAACACGUAUUAAAUACAUUUUUAUCAGUUUUAAACGAACGGAUAGGUUGUCCAGACACCCAAAACACCCCUCUGGUUGCGUUACUGUUACCCAUGUAGGCAGUGGCGUAGUUCUUGGACUAAUUAUUAUCAAUGGGAGUGGACGUAGUGAAUAAUUAUCAUGUGUGUAAAUCAUAUAGAAUCUCUUCUUCUGUAUACCUAACUCGACAGUGAGAAUUUAUAAAAUCCCGGGUCUAAAAAACGAAUUUUUUUUUCAUAAAAAUCAAGCUCGAAAUGUAUUAUACAUUUCGAGAUUAGUUUACCAUAUGAAAAUAUGCGUAGUUUUUGUAUUAUUUGUAAACCAAUGUAGAGGGAGUGUAAUCACCAAUCCUUUCGCCCAUUGCACACCCUACUGUGUAGGUAGGCAGAACUAAAAAAUGAACUUGUAACAUGAAACAUAAAAAUAAUGUUUUAUAACCAAAUUUAAUCGAACCUCCAGAGUUUUGAUUUAGACAUUUCGUAAAACGAGUGGCUCGAAAUUAUACCAUGUUCCAAUUGGAACGCGUUCCUUACCAUCACUGAUUCUUUUACAUGAUUGGUAAUCCAAUCAUAAAAAAAAAUGAUUGUUAAAUAUAAUAACUAAUAACUAAUAAGCAUAAUACAACACUAAAAAUUACACUGACCCAUAGAUCUAAAAUUAUUAGCGUUAGUUAAUAGAGUUUUUAUCGAUAUUUUUACACCAUUUACCUAUCUAAAUUUCCAUUAUUUGUGUACAAUAUUAUAAAACAUCAAUACGAUAUUCAUUCCAUACGUGAUAUAAUAAUAAAGUACCAAGAAUUACCUACACAAAUUUACACAAAAAAUAGUCUACAUUGGAAUACUAUGAGGAAUAAGUCGAGUCUAGAACGACGUUUCUGUUUGAAACAUAAUUCGAUUUGAGCUCUUUUGUUUUUAUAACGGUUUAUUGCUAUUGUAUAAACUCUCCAAGUCCCUAAAUGUACUCGUUUGUAAAGUGUAAACUCCUCUAAACAAUUAUUAUCUAUAUAAAUUUAUAAUUUUUGACGUAGGUAACAAAAUGCCAAUCACAAUAAUAUAAAAUGUACCUCGUCAACUAUAUAGGUUCAUGUGUAGCUUAUUAAAUAUUUACCCCUCCCCUCCCCCCUUUGGGUCCUGCAGGAUGGGCAUCAUAGUCCGCUUUUAUAUUGUUCAUAAACUCCCUUAACGACAAUCUAAUUACAAUUUGUUCAUGCCAAUAUUUCCGUUUAUAAACUAAAGAUUAUACAAGAAAACGAAUUAACAAUAUUAAUGCAAUAUUAUUGCAAAAACACAUUAUAUAUGCUCGGGUCGCCGUCAUUAGAUUUCGCAUACGGGGCGAAACGAAAGGCGUAGCUAUACUUUUGUUCAGUAGGUACGUUUUAAGACACUGAGUAAAUUAUUAUUAUACUUUAAAAUGUUUCAUAUUCCUAUACGUGGGCCUAAACGUUUAUACCGAGGCGAUACAGUAGCUACGUCGAGCAUAGGCUAGGGGCUUUUAUCCCCUCGUCCGCUGUUUUAAACAGCGUGCCGCCGAAACAAUUGCGAACCCGAGUUGUAAAAAAUUGAAAUUGCCCACGGGGUUCGUCUGAGUCGCUCGUCCACUUACGUCGACGACACAGCAGAGCACAGUGUACGAGCACAGUGUACGAGCACAGUAUUAUGCACUAUACAUCACUUGACGUGCGAAGUACGUUAGCUUUUUAAAAUAUUGAAACUGCGUACAAUAUAUACGGCGGCGGAGAUGGUUUUUGUUUCAUCGUGUACCGUGUAGGUACCCUAUGUUACGUAUAACAUCGCUAAAAAAAAAAAAAAAAUCAUUCCCACUCAUAUAUUGUUGCGCUGUGUAUACUGCUCUUCUGAAAAAAUAAACUUCGGGUCCCGCUUACACUCCGUGUACCUACACACAUAUAAUAUUAGGUAUGUUAUUACCGUACAAUAACACUUGUUUUAUUUGUUUAUUUAGGUUUUUUUCGAUUACGUGCUAUCGCAACGUUAUCGAAGUACACCCCGGGUACCAAUUGUCUUUACGGCCCGCUCCGUCGCAACGGAAAUUAUUUAAUAAUAUUAUUGUCGAAACUUUUGAUUCAUUUUCUAACUACGAGUAGGAGGUACCCAUACCGAUAACGGCGCGCGGUCAACAACGACGAUAUAAUUCACCUGCGGCAGUAGUGUGUUUAAAACACCUGUAUUUUUUUUUUCGCGCGAUGACGAAUAAAAUAAAACAUCGGUAUUCGCGACGUACGAUUUUUUUUUUUUAUAACAUAUUGUUCGUGUUGGAGGGGAGCGAGGGGGGGGUGACAAAUCAAGUACCUAUAUAGGUAUAGUAAUUUAAAAAAAUGAUUUUACCAAAAGCAUUACGAACAGUGAUUUAACAGCAGCAAUUAACGUUUAUUUUUUCGUAAAUUUUAAUUUUACAGAUUUACGAGGUUUUAACCGUUAUCCGCGGCAGCGCAGUAAUACGCGAUACAUAUAUUCCAGGGACCGCAAUCGAAUUUAUUAUAAUGUUAUCAACCGACUUGGCGAAAUUUUUAAAAUCAAACCCGCCUAAACAAUAUGAAAUACCUAUAUCACGCGUCGCGGAAUGAUAAUUUAAAAAAAUAAUGUACAAUAUAAUCUAUACUUUCUACUCUGCGGAUUGUUGCGUCACAACAUAAUUAGUACCUAUAUAUAGGUAAGUACUGUAAACUAUUGCUAUAAGUACAGCAGCGAAUGGCUGCCCGUCUAAUUCGAAAAAAAAAUAAGAUUACAAACAAAAUCCCGCGUACACGUACGGGUAUACUAUACGUACGGUCCUAUUCAGCGGAUAUCUACUCGCAGUGAUGUAUAAAAUAACGAUCAUCGAUUUCAUAUGCAGUAAAAUAUCACCUAUAUGACGUGUAUAAUGUUAUAGCCGGUGUUUGGUCUAUCUGAUAUUAUAAUAUGACGUAUAUAGUGUCAUUAUAAUAUUAUUAGGUGCCUACAACACCGCUGCAUUAUAACGGUUUUCUCGCAUACGAGACGGGUAGACGAAAAUCGAUUUCCAAGACUCGCGCAUUAUUACUAUACAUUGUUGUAAUAUUACUAUCGACGACGACGACGAGUACGUGUGUGCGAGAAUUCGAUUUUUUUAAACUCGAUUUAUAUUAAAAAUAAUACAAUCCGGUUUAAAAUUAUUAAUGUUAUAUUAAUAAUAUAGGUACCUCCUAAUCAAUAUAAUGUACACUCGCGUAUACGUACUUGAAUAAUUUGUUUUUUUCUUUCCCGACUAGAUACGAUUUUAAUAACGAUUCUAUAGCGUUUAUAUUAGCGGGCGUCGUUCGAUAUUAAAGUAAACAUUCGAAGUAUUAAAAUCCGUCGUAAGCAGAUAAGUCUCAUAUAAGAGGACGUGACGCUCGCGUGUUCACGAAAUGUAAAAACGCUUCUCGGAAUACAUCUCGGUCGAAAAUUAAAAUAUCAAGAAAACUGACUCUUAAACACAGAUAUAAUGUUCUUACCUUUAAGUUUGAUAAUAGGUUAAUUCGUUCUGAUAUUAAAACCAACAUUACGAAAUUGUCCCUAAAUUCGUUGUGUCGUGCGUUCGUAAAACCGAAAUAAUGCAUACGGAUAUCACGUUUUCUCAUGAUGCGAAAGGGUGGCACGAGGGGCAAUUAUCCUCCCUUCCUAGUCGCACAGACGUAGAUGAAUUGAAAAAUGAUCAUUAAGAUGACGAUACGUAUGCAUUUGUUGUUUCCGUCUUACAAACGCACUAUAUAGUUAUAACAUGCGCUUACGCAGACUACACAGACUCGCUUAAUUUUGGUUUUAGAGUAAAAACAACUAUUAUAAAAUCAAAAAAGAACAACAUUGCGGAGGGCAAGAUGUUGCGUUUUUUUUUGAAAAAGUCAACUUACCGUUUAUAAACAACGAGUUUUUUGAAAAUUUUUUUAAUUCGCUAAAACUUUGAAAAAAAAAAUAACUUUUUUUUAAAAUACCUCAAAAAAAACCACAACGUCUUGCCCUCCAGAAUAUUGUUCUCUAUUAAUUUUAUUAUAAAUGUUAUAAUUCUGAAAUCAAAACCAAGCGAGUUCUGUAUAGUCUGCGUAAGCAUGUUUUUAGCAUAUAUAUCUUGUGUUUGUAAGAGAAACAACAAAUUAUGCUCGUGUGACGUGCUCUUAAUAAUUUUGAUUACUAACGGAAAUAUCGGGGUACAUCCCAUUUUACUCCCUCCUCGAAUUUUUGUCUGUGAGCUCCCUUUCGUUCUCUUGCCGGGUGUUCGUUAUUUCACAUUGCACAUUUCACAUUGAUGUAUUGCAUAGUUUUACUGUAAGUUUUUUAAGAUAUUUUAGUAUAGGUAAUUCGCUAUCACGGUUUAUAAACUCCAUAACUUAUUAAAAUAUAUUAUAAACUGCGCGUCAUGGUUUUAAAUAUAAUCAUACAUUAUUAAGAGGAUAUUUAAAACGUAAAAUAUUCGUCUUUUAAAAUUUUUUUUUUUAUUAUUAUCAUGGCGUGGGGUAGGGGGUCAGUGUCCGUACAUACCUCCAAGACACUCGGCGUGUACCUGCUGCAGUAUACUUUUAUGGAAUUAUUCUGACUCAACAAAUAUUAUUUAAUUAUAUAUAAUAUAAUAUAUGAACGGUAUAAUAAUAAUAAUAAUACAACAGUUAGGUGUACGCAAACGUUUACAUAAUCUAUCAAAUUAAGUAUUAGGCGUAAUGACUCAACGCCAGUCACUAAAAAUAUAAUAUCGCGUGGAUCACGAUGACUUUGGUUUCGUAUAGGUACCGUCGUUUUUAAGUUUCGAAUUUAAUUUCGUCUUCUCCGCGUGUGUUUGAACACGCGAAUGAUUUAUUUACAUGUAUUAUUUAUUUAAAUACAUUAUGACCGUCAUAAUAUUGUGUAAUGAUUUUGUUCCGAAAAUUUCCGUAAAUACUUCAUAAUGUGUAUCCGUAAAUCAGUGUUUCCCAACUUGUUUUACUCACGGAACCUUUUCAGGAAUUUUAAUUAAUUUAAUUUUUGCGGAACUCCUAUUUUUUUUUUCAUAACCACAAUGCAGACAUAUUUUUUGGAUACUCAAAUGAGUAAUGUACAAUCCAAGACUUCCGGCAAAAAUGUGAGUAUCGUUAAUAAAAAAAAGACGUCCUAUAGGACAAAAGGUCGGGUGCAACCACUGUUAUAAGUAAUUUAAUGUAUACCUAUAAGCAGCGAUAAAGCAUUGCUAACGAAAAAACAAUUCUGAGCCGAGUUCAGUUGAUAGUGAUGCAUUGUCAACAAUAUUUAUCAUAGUAAAAUAAUAAAAUAGGCAUUAUAUACUUUCUUUAGUAAUAUUUGUUUAAUGUAUCGUUUUACCCACGUUUUUCCGGUUUUCCUAUUUUUCCGAAUUUUCACAUUUAAUGAGAAAACUCUUGAGAAAAUCGAAAAAUGACCUUCCUAAAGUUCCUCCCUAUACCGAUUUCUUUUCAGAAAAGGUGCUACACUUAAAAAGCAAGAUUUCUUGUCGAAAAGUUGUUCACAAGAAAAAAAAAUAAACAUCUUUGUAAAAACCAUAAGCUUUUUCGCUUCACUCUGAAUCUAAAAAUAAUAAAAUCUAGAACGAUUUUUAAAAUUUGUAUUUUGUUAAUAUCUAUCUAUUACAAUAUUAUUAAUGUACAUUAUAUCAGAGCUUAGAAUAAUAUUAAUCUCUCAUUAUGUCAAAGAUAGAUUUAAUGAGAAGAUUAGAAUAUUUCCAUAGUUUUCUUCAUUAUUGUAAUCAAAUCCGGAGAUAUUCCUGAAAGUUGGAUUCGUAAGUCUGGAGCAACAUUCAAUUGAUUUCGAAACUUUUUCUUUGUUUUUUUUUUUAAACUGUACAGCUUUACGGAUAAUUUUUUGUGUUCACUUUACACGGUGUUCUAGAAAUCCUCAAUUUUAAUUAUAAAAAAAUAAUCAAAUCGAAAAUGUUUACUAAUUUAUUUUUCCCGAAUUUCUCUUGGCACUCUUGACGGUAGUUCACUGUACCAUUGGGUUCCGCGGAACAACAGGUGGGAAACACUUCCGUUUAUUAUCGUAGAACUCACUUUUACUAGGUACUUAUUUACGUGUUUUAUCUUCCAAUGUUAUUAAAACUAGUAAAUUUCGUUAGUUUUCGUUUAUUUUUGCGAUAUCAUUAUUUUUUACGAUGUCUCGGUCUAUACAGGAUAUAAUAUUUAAAAUGUUUUAUUCGUCUUUCGUUUAUGGCGGGGUCUUUUUUUUUUGUAAUAAUCUGUUCAUACUCCGUAACACGAUUUUGAUUACGUUUGCAACUAUCGCCGUUUACUAAAGCGUAAUAUUGUGAUAUAUGUACAAUAUUUAGGAUUUUCACAAAAUCGCGGAAAAAAAUUAUAUAUUUGUUUUAAAUUCUUUUAAUAACCGUCGAACCACGGUUAUAAACUGACUGUUGAACAUUAUUUUUCCGGCAAUGAUCUUAUUAUUUAGAUUGAAUUAUAAUAAGCAUUUGUUUGAUGUUAAAUUAUAUUUAGUUUGAUCAAAUAUUAUACGUACAUUCGUAUUUUAUUUAUGUAACGUUUAAAUUCUUUCACUUAAUUACUAAAUAUUUACACGACGUCUAAAUAUAAAGCUUACGCGAUAUUGAUUUGUGUAGUUUGCGCCGUUUAAACAAAUAAAAAGUUUCGAAUAGGUAUUUAUAAGUAUUUAUACACUUAAUCUAAAACUGCAGUUUAAUAACAUACAUGUAUGUUUAUAAACAUACAUUUAAUAUUUUGUGUAAGUGAUAAAAAGUUGCAAAAUACAAUUACAAAGCAUAUAUUAUAUUAUAUAAUAUAGAGACAUAGAAUAUUUUAAUUUAUAUCUGUGUUCGAGAUAAAUCACUGGUAACAAAAAAUGAUUUUGAUUGAAAUUCGAUUUUACAUGUUUGAAAUACUGUCAUUUUUAUGUUGUUUAUAUUGAACUUUAAGGAAUAAAAAAAAAUGUCUACGAUACAGUCAAAUUUUAGAUUUUGAGCGAACGAGGAAUGUAAUAUACAUAUAUAUGUGUUACUAUCAUGUAUAUGUUAUAGAUCUAUCCACAUAAAACCAAAAAAAAAAAAAAAAACUAAAAAACAAACGGCUAUAAAUGUAGCUCAAAAUUUGACAAAAUAUUUUAAACAUUUUACUACUUAUAAAAAGGGUUAGUAUAAAUAGUUGCUGAAAAUUAUAAGUCUCCUACCGAAUGACAACAAAUAAAGUCAAAAAUAACGGUUUCCGUCAUUGCGUACGUAUAUUUUUCAGUUUUUUCCAAUUAUUAAGAAAACUAGAAAGAAAAUGACCUCAGUACACCAAUUAGACAAUAUUCGCUACCAGCAAACUACCCUUAAAGUAUGGAAAAGUUGACAAUAAUUGUGAGAAAAAUUAAUUUAUUCUUGUAAUCGGUAAUAAAAAAAAAUGCUGAGUAGUUGGAAAUAGUAGUUAAAAGCGAAAAAAAAGUUUAAAAAAUGAGUCAUAUUUGUGUCUGUACCCCUCCCCCUCUCCCCCCGUAAUAAUUGCUUGUGUUGCGUGUCGGCACUGCUCUAGAGUCGAUGAUUGGGAUAAAAUUCCUUGUAAAGAAGUUUGUUCAAGACAGACAAAAAAUACAUCUUAGUAAAAUCAAUACGAUACAAUAUUAAUACAAUCCUCGUCUAUUAGAAAACCAGCAUAAAAUACAGGUGAAUUUUUUUAUUAUGAACCAGAAAUUAUCUCAGAGAAUUUAAAGUGAAUUUGUUUUAUGUUUUUUCUAAUCAUUAUGGAAUCGUUUAAGCUUUAUUUUAAAACUAUUUUUAAUUUUUACCCCUACUCCAUAUACCUUAAAUAAGUGCAUACUUUUGAUUUGAUCUCCGGAGAAGACUGGAGGAGACUCCGGUUUAACUUUAAACUGUUAUAACUCGUAAACGGUAAAUCUGAUGUUAGUGUUAUGCAUAUCGAUGUUUCUAGAAAAUAUUCUCUAUUCAAAUCUGUGUUCAAAGGGGGGAGGGGUUCCUAUUUGAAAAUCAAAAGUAUGCACUUAUUUAAGGUAUAUGGAGUAGGGGUACAAAUUAAAAAUGGUUUUAAAAUAAAGCUUAAACGAUUCCAUAAUGGUUAGAAAAAACAUAAAUUAAAUUCACUUAAAAUCUAAGAUAAUUGCUGGUUCAUUCAGUAUAUUCAUAUUCAUACGUACAUAUGUACUCGUUUAAAUAUUUUGUUCCUGACGAAUGGUACUCAAUAUUUAAUAAGAAAACAAAACGGACAUACGCCACACGAUGGGUGGGCCACUGCAGCCCACUGUUGUAGAUGAGAAGUAUGGAAGAUAGGGGGUAUGUAUAUUUGUACGCAACGGUUAAUCAUUGUUAACGAAAAACGAUUCUGAGCGGAGUUCAGUUUUACAUGUUUUAUAUUUACGAUUUGAAAAUAAUACAUUUCGUAAAUUUUCCCGGUUUUUUUCACGUUUUUCCAAUUUAUUAUAAAAACCCUUGAGAAAAAAAAAGACCUUAAAAUAGUAUCUCAGUAUUGGAGGGUGGGGUUGAAAGAAGGUUUAAUUACCACUAUAAAUUAUUGUCUAAAACUUAAUACUCAAUUGAAUAUUGUAUUCCAUUACUUCCGUUGAUUUGAAAUUCUCCACCGCCCCUUAUAAGAGUUAGGAUAUAUAUUCGUCACUGCAGUAACUAUAUUUCUAUAAUUAAGUAUUCGUAAAAGUACAGAUUCCGAAUGUAUCGGCGAAAUAGACUCUUCAAACAUAAUAAUAUAGACAAUGGGAAAACAGGGGAAAAUGUUUAUAGAUACAUCAUAUACCUAUUAUUUCCGAUGUAUUGAACAACAAAAAAAUAAAGGAAAUGAAAGUAAAAGCGAAUAUUUAUGCCGAAUCAAUAUUGUUGGUUGGGUACAAUUGCUGUAAUACCAAGUUAUUAAUAAUUCAUAUAUUUAGCAUUUUUUUUUUUUCGAAUAAAAAUUAUGAUUACAAACGGAAAUCCGAGAAUAUAUAAUUGCAAAUAAUCAUGUAGAAACUAUGCACGUACAUGUAUAUAUUUUUUUUCGUCAAUAAAUAGAAACCGAUGUUAAGUAAAAACUCAAAUGUAUUGUUAUACUGUGAGGGUUUUUUUUGUUAUAUACAUAUAUAACAUUAUCGUAGUAAAUUAUUGAUGAAUGGUAAAUAUCUAGUAGUGCGCACUGUGUAUAUAUUUAUAUGUAUAUAUCGUAUAUAUAGGUGCACAAGUAUAACAGUUUUUCCUAACAAAAUAUUAUUAUAAUAACAAUAAUAUAAUAUGUAAGUAGAUGCAGUCCGUUACAUUAUUGUGCAAUAGACACAUUUAUUGUUCUGGUCGAUAUCACACACGCCGCGGUCUAUAGCUGCUCGCGGUGCCACAAGCCCGUGCAGUUGUUAACCAUAAAGACACCUGUCAUGCUCACCCGAUAUGUCGUUUUUCGUAUACCUUGUAACCGUUAGCUGCUAUGCUAGUGGUCGGCGUUCGAGUAGUAUACCUACGUGGGCACGCAUAUACCUAUACAUCCGAAUAAUAUUGUUCAGUAGCGUAAAAUGAAAAAUAAAAAAAAAAAAAUUACCGACGGUUAACGGUCGUCAACUUUUCUAGGGAAUGAGAGAGGGAGAGAAAAAUGUUUUUUUUUUUUAAUUAAAAACCCGGGCGAAUUUAACGAAUCGAUUCUGUACAUUUUAUACGUUAUAUCAUUAUUUUCUCUUCACUGAUGCAGUAGCUAGCAGAUAAUAUAGAAGUCGUUUCUCUGUUAUUAUACCUAUAUACGUAUAUAUAAUAAGACAUAUUCUUGAGUUAAACGAAAGCGAUCCUUGGCGGCAUCACGUUGACGAAUAAUGUUUUUCGCCGCACAGCCAAAACACAAAUCGGCCGUGAAAUAAACUGCGGAAACGUGCGCGAAAUGCGAUUUCCCGUGACCAAAACCGUUUCACUAGGUCAAAGGUCCCCGUCGACGCAAUAAUGCGUGUGUUUGGAUAUUUUCGCGAUUUCGGUUUUCAUAUUUUCUUCAAGAACUGCUUUUGGUGUAUAAUUAAAAUUAUUAUUUUUUUGUGUUUCUAUAUAUCUUAGUUUUAACGAAGCACUAAUCGUUUUGAAGACAAAAUCUAUUCAAAUACCUGCAAAUAUAUUAUAAUAUAUAGGUAUUCUAGUAAAUCUCAUUAUUUUUCGUUUCUGAACGCGGCUAGGAGUAUAAUAAUUCAGGCACAUCAAUAUGUUACACAUCGAUUCGACAAGAUAUACUUGGAUUAUUUUUUGAAAACGUUAAACGCGUACGUCACGCUGUCGUAGACGGUGAAAUCGGAAGAGCAAUGAAGUGUUAUUAAGCAGACAGUUUGAAAGAUUUGAGUUUUCAUAGAGAAACACGGACAGUUGCGACCAACCUGUCGAAAGACGAAUAAUAUUACCCACCCCGCAGUUUAUCAGUAUUAUUAUUUAAAAGACGGCGUAUACUUCACACCACGGGUAGGCCGUUGUAGUAGGUGGGAAGUUUGAAAGGUAUACAACUCAAUUGAUCAAGGUCACCGAGAUAGCAAACACAAUAAAACCGACAUACCUACCGACAUUUGUUUUCAGUUUUUUUAAAAAUAUUUAUUUUUUAGAAAUAUGGCAUGAACAAAAUCGGAACAUUUUUACUAAACCAAAAAAUACACUUUUUCGAUAAAACAAAAUACAUACAUACUCACACGUAUCAGUAAAACCUAAUAGUUUCUUCGUUGCACUAAACUAAUCCGCAAGACCAGCAUAAUUAUCAUUGAAAUUACAAUCUGUACAAUCAUCUAUACAUUUAAUGUACAAUAUUUAUUUGCGUUAGUCGUUUUUAAUUUAUUAUCGUCGUGUAAUAUUUUAUUUUAACACGACCUUACAUUUUAUGGUCGGUGAGGCUACUGUAUCUAUGGUUUUUUUUCUGUAUUAUUAUCUCAAAUAAAAUGUGUUAAGGACUAUGGACUACCGUUCUUAUCUUGUUAAUUUCUAAUAUAUAAUUACACAUAUUUACGAUUUAUUAUAAUUCAUAAUACUUACUGAUACAUAAUUAUAAAAUUCUAGAUAUUAUAAUAUACGUAUUAUAAAACAAGUUGAUUAUUAUCAUUAUUAUCUUAUUAUCAUUAUCGCUCAUUAUCUCUGAAUGUUUUAACCUUUUUCGUUAUUUGUUUUAUAGAACAUUUAAAAUACAAGCAUCCCUACAAUUUUACAUUUACGUUAUUUUUUGUCACCCUUAUUUUUGAGGAUAAAACCACUACCUACUUUGGAUUUUCAAAUACAAAUAUACAAUAACAAUUUCCUAAAUCGAUGGAGUAUUAGUUAAAAUAAAUCUUAGUGUUGCCAUUUAUGAUUUCCGUCAAUCCAUUGACGAAAUAUUCUACUUAAGUUUGGCUAGAGGGAGAGUAUAGUGGUGUAUAAUUAACACGCCGCGUGCUGUGCUGCCACAAAAUUGAUGCUUCACCACUCUCCUUCGUCAUCGGGUUGACGGAAAUUAAAAAUGUCUACACCAAAAUUUAGCAUAAUUAACUCUCCAUAUAUUUGUGGAAUUUUCAGUAUAGAUUACUAUUUGAAAAUCAAAAUUAGAUAGUGGUUAUACUCCCGAAAAUAAGGGUGAAAAAUAAACGUAAAUGUAAAAUUGUAGAAGGGUUUGUUUCUUAAAUGUUCUAUAAAACAAUAAUUCCGAAACAAGUUAAUACUUUACGAUAUAAUGAACGUAUCUACUUAAAUGGACCACCUUGUAUAUUACGAGGACGAAUUAAUGUGCAUCUGUCUUACAAAUGUCCCCCUCAUAAUAGCAAUUUUACGUUCAGCAGGAACAACUUUGUGCUGUUAGUAUUGACGUUAUAGCGAUUAGUGGCCAUCAUUAAAUUUAUCAAACUGAAAGAUGAAAACAUUAUCUGUUCGAUUAGGUCGGUUUGAUGUUUUAAUUAAUUUGUAUUUGAGAUAUGCGAGUACGUGAAAAAUCGAAGUUUAAAAAUGCUUAUUUUUAUCCCCUUUUAAAAAUUAAAAUAUUGAUAAAAAUAAAACACCGGCGUUGUUGAACUGAUAACGCUCUUAUCGUUAAUAAUUUAGUAACAGGUCAUUUCGCUCUGUAAUAUUAAAACAAACAGUGCAAAAUUGUCCCGGCUUAACAAAAUUUUGUUGUCAUACACUCGUACGUUUGUAAGCAUAAUAAUACGUACCUAUACGGAUAUCACGUCAGGACGUAUUAAUAUUAGUAUCAAAUUAUAAAUUAUUUCUCGAUUGGAUGCAUAUAAUAUUAAAAUAUAUAAUAAACAAUUUAUAACUUAUAUUGAUUUUCUUAUUCAUAGUUGCAAAAAAAAAAAAUCAAAUAUAACAGGCGGUGUGCACUAUUGACAUGUUUUAUUUUUAUUUUUCAUAAUUUUCGUGUGUUUAACUUUUUUUUAUAAUUAUUACGAAAAAAAAAAAAUUGUAAAUUAUCGACAAAAUUAUACUAUACCGUCGUGAAUGGUAUGACGUUAUAGUUUAUUAUUAUUUACAUUUUAAAUUUAUUUUGAUGUGGGUGUACAAAAAAUAUAAUUGUUUUUCUUCCAAACUCGUAUUAUGAUGAUUAAUUUAUAUACAUCAAAACUGUCGCAAUGAUAUGAUUAUGUUAUUAUUAUUAUUUUUGUUCAAAUCGACGACUUCGGAAUAACAACCAGAUUCAAAAUAUAUUUUUCGGGAGCGAUUAUUACUAUUGUUUUUUUUUCCGAUUGUCGUCCGUGAGCAUAAUAUUAUAAUAUCUGAUUUGAUGAUAUCGUUGUAUACACUCGGCAAUUACAUGGAAUUUUUUUUGUCGUUGAAUUAUCCCGCCGUGCAUUAUUUUCGAAAAAAGUCGUCAAUUCGCAGGAUGUUCAGUGUCCUAUAUUUCUGUGGCUUAGUGCAAGAAGAGCUAACGUCACAUUUUGUGAUUAUUGGGAAAUGGGCUUUGAAAUUCUAAUUCCUCAUAAAAGGCUCUGUGUAUUUUAUUAAAUGUAAAUGUUGUUUGUGUGAUCUUUAAUUUUUACAAAAACUUAAACAAUUUAUAGCCACAGAUUUAUACUUAUAUUUAUUUACUUACGUCUCAGCGGGCAAUUUCAGAAGGAGUUUAUGUAGUGCUGUACAUAGAGAAUAACUUAAACUUUGGUUGAAUACUUUCACUAAUCAUAAUACUAAGAGCACAAGGGUAGUUUACAACGGUAAUAGAAAAAAACAUCGAUUAAAAUACUAGCACGUAAUACAUAAAGUAUUGUAUAGCUGCGCUUUCGGAUUCUUCUUAUGGGCGAGGAGGGGGAAGAAAUGCGUUUUGAAAAUUCCUUGAAAAAAAUGCACGUACAAAACGUGUGCAAUUAAAUAAACAUUUAAAUGCGUAAAAUAGGCAAUUUUUCACGCUAAUAAUACGUUAAGAAAACAAUGCAAACGCAUAGCAUAGAGGGGGGAAUCUCACCAUCGCCGCCCCUUCCCCCUCUAAAGUACGCCGCCGCAAGUAUUUUAUAUACAUAUAUAUAUAGUAAUAAUUCGUUAAUAAUUACGGAAUAAAAUCCCGCUGUCGAAUAACACUACAGGUACUAUUUAAACCGAAAUUACAUAAACUUUCCACCUGCAAAAUGAAAAAAAAAAAACAACAAUAAAAAAUUAACGACAAUAACAAUAUUAUAAUAUACAUACACACACACACACAGUAGGUACACAACAAUAAUAAUCGUAACAGCCGUAAAACAAAUAACCGACGACUAUACCAUUUGUUCAAAUAAUAACAUACCGUUUUCACGAUCAUUUCUGGGGUUUUUUUUUUUUUUUUUCAUUAAAUACAGAGAUGAACGUGAAUUGAUUGCGUAUGGAAAUAACAAAAAAAAAAUUAUAAUAUUAAGCGUUCGUAAUAACGAACGGAUAGACAACCGUAGUCAUCAUAUAGCAGUUGUAUAUUAUUUGAUAGGUACCUAUAUAUAACAUUAUUAUUAUUAUGUAUAGUAUACACAUAUAUUCGAUGUAAAUGCAUGAUAAAUACGGUGAUGUUCGUAACGCGAGUUGUAUUUGUAUAAAACAAUAUAUUUGACGGUUGAUUUAUUGCAAUUAUUGAUGUAUUGUAUUUUUUAUUUACAAUAUUUUUUUGUUUUUAUAUAUAAACACAUUAACAUAAUAAUAUUAUACAGCGAAUAAAAUCAUUAUUAUUUUUAUUAUUAUUUUUUUUUUUUUUGUUUUUUCCUGUAGUUAAUGGUAAGAUCGAGCAUGAAGUGGUUUCAGAAAAACACCGAAGACGCCGCGGCGCCUCGGUUGCUCAGUCUCUCGCCGAUUAGAAACUACGAGUCCGGAGACCCCGACUAUUCGGCCGAGAGAUAUUGCCAGAUGUUACCGCAAGGUCCGAGGAGGUCGAGAUUAGGUAAAUGUAUAUUAUAAUAAUAAUAUACACGUUUAAUUUCCACGUUAUCAUAUUGCCAUAUACACGCGCGUUUAACAUUCAUCAUAGUAUAACGGGUAAAAACAACGUUCGCGUGUAGUAAAAUAUGCAUAUAAAUAUAUUUGUGCAGUUUAUUUCGUUUCGCGCAUUAUAAUAGUACCCGCGUUUAUUAAUAUCGAAAUACGGCAGUGGUUCCCAAAUCAUUUUGACGGUGCAUACUCUAUGUAUCUUGUACCCGCACGCACUGUGCUUUCUCCGGCUCUUGACAAACGUACGGCGUUUCGAAUUUGCGUUCACGCGGGACGCCUUUGCGCUGUUCAGUUUCGACACCCGAGCGAAUCGGCCGGUUAUGACAUUUUAACGAUAAGAACAUUAUCUGUUCCGGAGAUAAUUUUUUUCUUUCUCUGUGUACGAGUAUGCGAAACGGCACAAUACCGACGUCGCACUGCAGACAGUGUUCUUAUAUUUAUAUUAAACAUCAUCUUAAAGAACUUUCGACAAGUACGCGGACCACCUUGAUUCGCUGACGUUAUUAUUUAUUUAUUUAUAUUUUGCUAUUUUUUUUUAUGUUCAACGAGUAAUAACGUAAGUAAUAACCUAAUAACAUAAGUGACAUUACCUAACUUAAUGUAUAAAUAAAUGACGUAAUAAACUAAUAAACUCCGAAGACCACCAUCGCUUUACGUUAAUAUAUUUUAUUUUUUUUUAAAUCGUGCGAAUAUGGGCUGAGAACCAUUGCUAUACAGGCGUCGAUUACUCGCGGCAAUGACAUAAUAGCGAACUCGACAUUUUUGGGAGACAAAUAUUUAGAUGGACCACCCAACCACUUAAUAGCGAAAUAAAAAAAAAAAAUCCAGCUCUAUGAAAUUGUUUUUUAAGACUGUAGACGACCACAAGUUAGAGCCUAAAUUUUUUUUAGGCUUACACUCUUUCCGAAUCCAGAUAUUGGUUAUUAUAAUUGUUCAAUAUUUUAUUUUUGUUUGAUUUUUCUCAGUAGGAAUUUUUUUAAUUUUCAGAAAAUGUUUUAUUUUAUUCACGUUUUACUACCUGUUCCGAAAUUAUUUUCUUAGACAAAAUAAACAUAAAAAGUCGGACAUACUUCACAUAACAUAUAAAAAUAAUCGAUGUACAAUAUGUAUAACGUUCUGUGAACAUUUUAGAAAUACACCCCCGAAUGUCCUUAAUUAAGAGCUGAUUUAAAUAGAAUAUUAAAUUACUCUAAAGUCUAUAUUGUAUUUUACAUUAUCAAUUUUCCACCUACAACAGUGGUACAACCAAAAUCGAAAAUGAACUAGUUUUUGUUUUUUCUUUGGGAGGGUGGGAGGCACAGUGAUCUGAAUUUUAAAUUAGCUAACAUUAAUUGACAGUCAAGUUAAAAAGAGUUAAAUAAAUUAUGCGAAAAUUAAAUUGUAAUUAUAUUGAAGGUACAUAUAUAAAUACCUGUAAAUAAUUUAAAAAUCACUAAAAGGAUUUGAAUAUUUAACAAUUAAAAAAAAAAAGUUAGUAUAACAUAUUAUUAAUGUAUAUAAUUCGAUGGAAAUUUCAGGUCUCUACGGUUGUUUUUAACCGAAUUAUAAUGAAAAAGAAAAAAAAAGUAGAAAAUAACAGAAACCGUUAUUAUAUUGUUUGCAUUUUCCUUUUUUUCCGACAACGUUUAUUCCCGCGGUUAUUAAAAUGUAAACUACAUGCCAGUGACGUAUAGCCAGCGGGUAGGCCUGGUAGGCCCGGGUCUAUCCACUUUCCUCCGAAAAUUAAUACAAUUUUCAAAUCAAAAAUUUGUAUUAGUAGUCUUUCCUAUUCGAACAUUUAUAUUAUUUUACCUAGCCUACUUACAAAAAUAUUUCUAGCUACGCCGAGGCUUUACGAAAUAUCGAAAAAUUACAUUCUUAAUGUACCAUUAACUAGAUUAAUUAAUUUGCUAUGAAAAUGCAAAACCUCGUGCGGAUUUUCGAUCGGGACAACAAGCUAUUUCUGGUAGAAAAUGUGUUUACGGGCAGAAAAUUAAAACCAUCACACACACCUUGGUAAUCCUUGUUAAAACCAAUACAUUCCUCGGCCCGGAAUUUAAAAUAAUAGUACGUAUUCGUAUAUAUUCGAUCAUAAUUGCGCUUUAUACGACUUUCGUUUAGAGGGUAUAUACCUACCAAUUAUAAUAUUUCUAUAUAAACAUAAUAAUAUGUGAACAUUGAACGCGGUUUAUAAGCCGAUCUCACGCCAUUGAAAGUAAUAUUAUUAAGUGAAACAUAAUAUGAUUAUGAGAAUGGGAAAUUUGUUUGAUACUUCAAGGUAUACAGCGAAAAUAAAAAAACCAAAAAAAAAUACGAGUGAAAAAUUGUCCGAAAUUAUUAUUAUGUUGAGGACGAAUAUUUUAAAGAUUAGUAGCCACUACGAUAUAAUACCGAUAAAUUAUUACUGUAUAGGUAGGUAGACGGUAUUUUUCGCCAUUUAUUAUUAUAAAAUACGAUAUGAGUACGGCAUAUUAAACGCGUAUAUAACCCCGAACGUUCGUGAGAAUCGGGUCAUUAAUUGCAACAUAUUUCUAUAUGUACUACACGACGAGCGGAGAAGCGCCUACGACUACAGUGCACAGACCGGAGAUUUCAACACCGCGAUGUCUUUAUGAUGAUCUCAUGUAUACGCACGAAACAAUAACGUAUGAUUAUUAUUAUUGUCCGGAUCGGGUGAUAUUUUUACCGAUCGCGCUCGACAUCCAACCAUCGGUCCCCCCUCCCAUGCCGACUUACGAUGGCGUUUAGGCUGCAUAUGAGUUCCGUCCCAACAACCUUUUUUUUUAUACCGAUUCCGUCCCGGCUGAAAAAAAAGUAUAUAAGCAAUUCCGUCCCGGAUAAAAAAUAUUACAAUAUUAUUAUAUGAAUACAAUAAAACCUAAUAGAUCCAGACACUGCGAGACGCACAAAUAAUGACUGGAAAGUCUAAAAGUCAAAUAGUAUUAUUAAAUUCGAUUAUUUAGUGCGAUGACUGAAAGCAAUAUUGUCUUUAUUUCUAAAUAAUUUAUAAUUGUUAUCGUGGUCGUAAGUUUUAUACUAUAUUAAUAUAGUAUAGAAAAUGCAAAAAGGGACGGAACUCGUAUAACUAAAUAAAUUACAUGGGCCGGAAUUAGUAUAUCCAUUUUAAAAACACGGGGCGGAAAUAGUGUAUCCUUUAAAUUCAAAUUUUACAUUUGGGGCGGAACUCGGAUGCAGCCGGCGUUUAUAUUAGCCGGGUUACGUCUAUUCCUCUGCAGCACCCGAAAUUUUCGGGGACGCGGUAAGAGUUAUAAUUUUCCGCCUAAAAAAAAACUAUAAUAUCAAUUUAUUUAGGAGUUUUAAUCGCUCCCAAAAACGUUUGGGUGUUAUAAGAUAGUACGUCACUAUAGGACUGAUUCACAACCGAUCUCACCCACGAGAGAGGCAGACGAGUGCGAGGGAGGCGAGGAAAAAUAUAGGAAGGAAUGUCGGUUGCAACAUAAAAGUCUUAUGGGCCAAUAGGCAAUAAAAUACAAUGUUCUACAAAUAUUAUCGGUUUUCAUUUUUAUAAUAUCGCAAUAUACGUUACUAUACAUUGUAUUAUUAUCGUCAGUGACGGACUAAUUCAAUAACGAAGCCCUCGUGCUAACCACGAUCGCACGAAUACUGCCUAAUCCGGUCCAAUUCUUGUCUAUUUAAUAUUUUCAAAAAUUUUAGCAGAGCUGGAUAGUUAACAAAUAACAAGUUAAAAAAAAUCCAGUGGUAAGUUAGAAGUUAAUUUUCAUAAUAAUUGGAAAAAAUCAAAAAAUAUGAUUUUUUUCAAAUUACCGCGCUACGAUUUCAUUAUUUAAAAAAUAUUUGUAGACUUGAAAUUUAGACAAAAAACAAUAUUCGCCAAAUACAGCACUAUACUAUUGCAGUACUUUACUAUGUAUAUAUAUUUUUUUGAAUUUGCUUUUUCUAAAUAUGGUAACAUUUUCAUAUCAUUUGAGCCAUUUUUGAGUUAUUUAUAGAUAUUUUAAUUUUACGAGUUUUUACGUAAUUUUUGUUAGGUAAGUACUCUAUCGAUGCAAUUGUUAGGCUAAACAGAAAUGCUUGAAAAUUUGACACAAGGGUCACUAUAAAUCGUACUUAGUGGUCAAAAAAAUAAAAAUUGAAAGUAAUGUUUUUUUUUUUUUUAUUAGUUUUGAAAACAAAUUUUGAUCAAAAUUUAAAAAUUUGUCUUACCGAACAUAGCUACGUACGAAUAUCAUUAUCAAAUAAAAAGACGGUCGCGUGACUAUGCAUUCUUGUAAAUCAGUCUGUAUAAGUUUAAAAAUUAUUAGGGUACACAAUUUAUGAGUGUAUAACAAAUGGUAAUUUUAAAAAAAAGUUAUUAUUAUUAAUUUGUUCGGUGGUUCGGCGGGCGUGUACUUACCUAUAUUAUGUUUUUGCGGCGCAAGAUAAUUUGACGAGGAAUUUCAAUCGUGUUGGCGAUUGUACGCACUAUAACGGAAAUUGUUUAGGUCUUUGUGAUUAACGACGACGACACGUAUCCACGAUGCGAAGGGGGUGCGUUAUAUUAUAUUGACUGGAAUGUUUGAAUAAUCGUUCCGAUUUCGGAUGGUUUGGCACAACUCUCCAUACAUAUUUUUUAUAUCACAUACGACCGCGUCAUGUCCAAAUGGGUUUUAAACGUCGUGACUUGUAUUUUGUCCGCUUGGAUUUCGUCCACGGACGAUCGUCUAUAGUACGUAUAAUACGCCGUUUAAUGUCGUUUAAAACUCGCUAGUCUCACUCGUAUUCAAUUCCGAUAACAUAAAUUAAAUACGAAUCAUAAACGGUACGUGUUUUUAGGUUUUGUACUCUGACCACUAGUCAUAUUAUUAUUAGUUUUACUGAUAUGUUAUUUUUUUUUCGGUUAGUAAAAAUGCUCGAAAUUAUUCACAUCGCAUCUUAUAAAAUAUGCGGAAUAUUCGCCCGGUGACGAUUUAUUUAGAAAAGAUUUCUAGAUUCCCCACAGUUCUUCUAAACAAAUAAAAACUGACAGCAAUAAAUGUCGAUACAUUGGUUUUAUUUUACUCGAUUUCUGAGUUACAAUGGACAAACUCGACUACUAAUACUCUAUAUUACAUGGCCGAUUUACCGAAUUUUGCUUAGAAUCGGUUUUUGAUUGCAAUGAUUUAUCGUAACUUUAGGUAACUGAAAGCAGUUCUACAUAUUCUAUUCCUUCCAAAUUUCCCACGGUGCGAAGUACACGUCCCGUUUUUUUUUUUUUUAUUUGUAUUUAAAAGUAUAUUAUAGUAUUCCAAUGAUGUUCUGUUGCAAAUUAAUUGGCUACACCGAAAAAACAAAUAUUUCCGUUUUAGUUUCUGAAAUAUUUGAUGGACGAUGAUAAUGACUGAUCCGUUAAAAUCGUACAUUUAAACCUUCUAACCUUUUAAACGAUUUGUCUACCUUUGACUGUCGUAAAUACAAACCUUUAUUUUUCCAAGCGUUUUAACCGACGUAGGUUCGCCUUAGAGCUUUGGUUGCGUCAAAGUACAGUGUAUUAUUUCUUACAUUCCAAAAGGAAUCUUGUUUGUAUAUAGACUUCUAGAGGCUAAUCGAUUAUUUUUUAGAAUUCUAACAGUUCGAUGUAGAUAAAAAAUACAAAUUGUACUACACUUCAAUACUAAUUUUAUUCUUUUAUUGGUUUUUUUUUCUUAUUAUUAUAAUGUUUAAUAUCAUUCAAAUGUCACAAUAAUUAGGUAUUAUUAUGCAUACCGCAUUUUAUAUGUGACGUCACGCCCAUUCAGGGAAUGUUGUAUAAAGUAUUCGGCAUCUGAUCGGAAUGCUGCAGGUUUCGAUCAACACCAGUUUUUUAUUUUUUUUUUUACUAUUUUGACCUCAUAUGACCACCAGUAGUAUUCGAAGAAUAAUUUCUGCAUAUAUGUACGCGUGUAUCCUAGGUCAGGUGAAUUUUUUUUCUUGCACAACCAUCAUUUAUAAGAAACGGAUUCUCUACUCUCGUAUAUUAUUAUCUGUAUUCACAUCAUUAUGUAUGAUUCGCAUAAUAUUAAUGGUGUAAAUCCAUUACAGGUAUCUCUGUAGUAUUUUAAAUAAUUUUUGUAUUAACCGAGUAUAUUUUAUAAGAUGUAUACAAUAAAUGUUUACUUACAAAGUUUCAUAUUUUUUUUUCUCAACUCGGAAAACGAGAUACUUUAAAUGGGGGUUUAUCAAAUAGCUUUCUACAAACUGAUAUAGGUACACGAUAUGGCUGAUAUGGCAACGAUACGGCAACUGAUACGGCUACCUACGCGAUCGCUUAUUAUUUUCAAAAAUCCCUAAUAAGUGCUUUGUUUUCAAAUCCAUUUUAAAAAUCUCUUUUCUUUUGCGGUACCUUAUAUAGUGGCGAUUUUUAAUUCCUUAUUCAUGGUGCGUUUUAUUAGAAAUCGUACUCCUGAUAAGCCGAUUUAAAAUCGUUACUAUGUACCUUGCAAUUAUUAGCAAGUGUGUGAAUACGUGUGUAUUUUUAAAAUCUUUUCGAAAUCGUCUUUUUUUAAAAAAAUAUUAUAUUAUUACAUUUUAUUGUGGACGAUUUAAUUCAAAGUAUUUUUGACGUUCUUUUUUACUUGCUAAUUUUAUAUUAUCUAAUACACAUAUUAUGGCGGAUACUUAAAUACUUUUAGAAUCCAUAUGCAAUCACUUUUAAUACAUAUAAGGCUUAACUAAAUGAACGAAUAAAAUUCACGGGAGGUUUUAUAGUAUUAUGUCUAUCGAAUUUCAAAGAAAAAAAAGCCAUACUUAUUAAUACAUCACACUUCGAAUUAUGAGCGGAUCGCUGUUAUAGUCGGGAUUUUGAAAGGUUGAUUGUAUAAUAUGGGGCAAUGUUGUUCAUACCUGCAUACGUGGCGGUAAAUCAUUAUGAAUGUUAAAUGAUUCUCAGCAAAGUUCGGUUUUGAUAAAUUAAAAUGUUUAAUUAAUAAUUUUCCAUUAAAAAUACAUGACACAAUUUUUGUUCGCGUAAAACAAAAUUAAUUUGACAUUAUCUCAAAUAUCUUUGAAUAACUCAAAAUACGCAGUAUAAAGUAUGUUGAAAGCUAUAGCUACUGCGUGUCUAUAGAAAUUGAUAAUAGAAAGUUUCAGGUAUCUUUGAUUAACAUUUGUGUGACCGAAUUAAAACAGAACCACAAAAUCUUAACUAACAGAACCCGCGUUAUUGCGUAAAUGUUUCCGUUUUUCCGAAGUUUUUACCGUAUUAUAAAAAAAAUGGCAUCCUCAGUGCUUGAAUAUUAGACAAAAUUCGCUACCUCUGAAGUUGAUGAACGGUAGUAGAGUUGUUGAUUCGUCAUACACAAACAUAAAAGCACACAUCAUAGUAAAACCAAUCGCUAUACGCUUAGAAUCACAUAAUUUCAAGUAACCAAUAAUAAUCAAAUUUUGUGUUUUUUUUUUUUUUUUAUAUAGACGCUUCUCCAUUGAGAUUGGACAGGUCGAAUUACAAUCAGGAUGUCCACUGUUAUAAUAUUCGGGACCGUACAAUUGUAAUGCAAACGGCCGCGCGUACCAAGACGACGAAAGAAAAACGAAAUCCACUUUUGGACCAAGUCAAACACACCGGUCUCACCCAUUUCAAACCGAAUUCGGCGAUUACCGCUAACCAUAAUAAUAAUGAAAGUAAACAUAAAGUACAGUGUUACGACGUCGAUGGGUACGAAGACGAAGACGACGACGAGGACGUUUCGACAAUAUCCGCACGGUUGAAAGCUAUUUCGGACAGAUAUUUAAAGUCGUCUACACACAGAUUCUUAGCGAAACUCUAUAAGAAUCCGUCUACCAAAACCGAUAAGUCGGCCACCGAAACCGAAGAACCGGAUAAAAAUAAAUUAAAUAAGGUUAGUCGUGGUAUAUAGACUGAUUCGAUCGUUAAAAUAAUAUUAAUUCUAGUAAAAACUAUAUUAAACGUCCAUGACGGGUUGAGUAUAUGCAGCUAAUGCUAGUGGUGCUAAGCGCUUAAUCUGGAUCGAUCGUAAUACGGAUUACUGAUCCGGAUUGACCAAAGUAUAAUAAUUAGUAUAACCUGGAUUGGUUUUAUCAAGGCUUCUGGAUUAUUACAAAAUUUAAUUUAUUUAAAAAUUACAAAAGUCAUAUGGUCAUUCCAUUUGACGAUUCUGACCAGUAUUUAAAACACGUUUCAAGUUGUUUUCAUUAAAAUGGUCUAGUAAUUUGUUUCAUUUAUUUUCUUCGCUCAUAGCCCAUCAAGAAUUCCAGAUGAAUCGGGUUUAGAGGACGUGAUUUACCCGUAUUCUGUCUGUAUCUUAACGUACAACAUGGCACAUUUGAUUAGCAUCGGUUUUGUGUUGCUAAUUUUGACAUUAGAAUGAUUUGACCUGCCAUUGAAUGUAAUGUUAAGAACAUUAUCCGUGUAUUUACGUUGACAUUUUCUACGAUAUUUCAAUAUUUUUAAAAAUUAAGAGGGUAUAUUAUAAAAUAUUACAAUUAUUUAAAAAUGCUCAUAUCUAUCGUUUUAAAAUUGAAACAUCUUAAUAAAGCUACCGUACAAUCACAAAUAAUUGUUUAAGCUUUAAAUUUAAUAGUAGGUCAGUUCAUACUUAUUUUAAUGCUAACAACACAAGUUUGGUUCUACUGAAAGCAGAUAUUUUGCUAAGCAGCGCGUGGGUCAGAGAGAGAAGAAAAUAAAUAGCUCACUGACAUCCUCUGAUAUCAAGGCUGGAUUUACUUAAAGGCGCCCCUAGUCUAAUAAAACAUAAGUCAUUUCUUCUUAGACCCCCCCUCCCUUCUAAUUUAUUUACCAAUUUUGAAUAUCUAUGUAAAAACGUAUAAUGGAUUAAUUUAAAAAUAUUUUAAAGUUAACCUAAAAAAAUUGCUUCACUUUACUCAAAUUAAACAAACCUAACCUAACCUCCUCUCCACUUUAUCCAAUCACACGUAAUCAAAUGUUUCACAUGUUUAUGAAAGCCACCAUUCCUUUGUACGAAAGAUCCUAGUUACUUAAUUAUCUAAACCUCGCCUAUAAUUGUUUAUCGUCAUUAACGGCCUUGUCCUGUUCCUCCAAACUUAUACUUCGUUUUACUUCUGCAUAUUCUUAAUCCUUUUACUACAAACGCUACUCUCUAUUAUACAAGCCUACUGUUAACUUAUUCCAGAUUUUCUCCUAUCAAAACUAUAUCAUCUGAAAAACAUCAUGCACUAUGAUACCUCCUCUCACCUAAUAUUCUCGCGCACAUCCGAUGUGGGACAAUCUGUCAAAUUCGCGUUUAGAACUCCUAAUAUUGUUUGAGAGAUUUUUACAUCAGCUAUCGACCUGAUGCGGCUACAUUUGUCGUCUUUUACGACAAGCAAAGGUACCCCGAGAGUAUUUUGAUUCUCUUCUACAUAGAGCGUGUUAAUUAUAUUAUAAAUACGUAAUAAUAUUAUCAUACAUAAUAUAAUGUAAAGUUUUAUCGCCUAUUUACUUAUCAAAUGUUUGAAUGUUAUUCGGCUAGUUCCGAGCUACCUAUUUUUAUAAUUUUACAACAGCGAACAGCUAAUUUACGAAAAUAAACAUUAUAUUUUGAUGUCGGUAUUUGUGUUCAACAAUAUUUCUAACAACUACAUAUAAUUUUUUUUCCAAUAGAUGAUAAAUUAAAUUCUCAGAUAGGAAUUUUAUUUAACAAAAAAAUCAAGAGCUCUGCUGGCCACGGCGCCUUCUGAGUUCGUGGAGCCCCUAGUCUAUAGCCUAUAGGUAGUCUAAUCUUAAAUAAUCCGGCCCUGUCUAACAUCCAAUAGUAGUUAAUAUCCGAAUUACGGAUCCAAUCAAUUAAACGGGUUUUUUCUAAAUCCAUUAAAUUGGUUUUUUUUUAAAAAAUCCGGAUCACGAGUUUGUUAAACCUUUGCUCGUCACUAGACUGUCUGAUCAUUAGGUUUUUUUACGUCGUUUUAUUUAAUUUUUACUUAUACACUUUGUACUAUUUAUAAAAUGAUUUUCGCUAAUGCGUAUAUCUUUCACGAGUCAUCGUAUUUUAAUUAUUCAUAUUGUUGUACACACGUCUUUUUAAAAUUAUAUACUGCAUUGUAUUAACUAGUAAUAAGACGUGUCUGUCUUCGGCAACUUGCGUGGCGAGCAGUCCGCUUUAUAAUUUAUGUGUUUUAUUUAAUAAAGUUGUUUAUUUACGUAUUAUAAUAAUUAGUUGGUGUUUUCUACAUUGACUUUUCGCAGGUCAAGCUGAGGAGUUUCUCUUAUGGCGCGUUACCCGGGCUAGACGAUUUUCGCAAACGAAUUCCGGAAUCGCCGCCGGAAAAGACGACGGUCGCGCCCGAGGACGACGACAGCGGCAUAUUAUUGAACGACCCGCCGACCGACACGAUUACCGGGGCCGCGGAAACAGCAGGCGCGCGGGAUUACUGUUUCCGGAGCGCCUCACAAUACGGAAUCAAGCGAAAUAAUUACGCGUUUAGUUUACCGCCCGACCGACAAUCGUCCGCGAGACUACAGUCGGGAACCGGCAGACACAAAAGAGAAUACAGGGCGAUACAAUUACACAGGGAUUAUCCGGAACAGGUGUUGGGCGUCCGGAUCAAAGAAAUACGGUCCGAAAACAGUUUCGGGUACACGGUCAUCGACAUACAACCGGGAGGAGUGGCCGACCGGUAAAUAUAAAGAAGAAAAACAAUAAUAAUGAUAAUAAUUGGUACGAGUAUUUCGGAACACAUUUUCGGCCGGUAAAAAUGCUCUGAAAAUUACACGCCGUAUUGAAAGAUGCGGCUAUUUUCCGCCAGGCAGUAACAUUUUUUUUAUAACGAUUUUCCAUAAAAAAAAAAAAAAAAAAAAAUGUAUUACUGCAUCAUUCGUUACAAAUAUAUUUAGAGUGAGUCAGUCAUUCCGGCACAUAUAAUAUUAUACCCUUACCCCAGUUUUAUAAAUAUAUACAGUGUGUCAUAGGACUAUUUGAAGUUUUUUCGUGUAACUACACUCUGUAUAUAUGUAUUAUUUUUAUUNUAUACAACCCGCUGUUAACUCAUUCGGUUUUCGGAAUCGUUUUUUUAUUUGUGCCAGUUUGCACGUUAUUUAAAUUGUUGAAUCUGUAUACGAAAAAAAUAGCCGCGUUGUUGUUUUUCUUUGGUUUUUUUUUUUUUAGUAUAAAACUCAUUAUUUUAUUCGUUAGAUUAGAUUAAAAACUAUAGGAUUACAACUACUACUCUCAUACUCUCAAUAUCUUCAAAACAAAAAAAACAAAAUGUAUUACUGCAUCAUUCGUUACAAAUAUAUUUAGAGUGAGCCAGUCAUUCCGGCACAUAUAAUAUUAUACCCUUACCCCAGUUUUAUAAAUAUAUACAGGGUGUCAUAGGACUAUUUGAAGUUUUUUCGUGUAACUACACUCUGUAUAUAUGUAUUAUUUUUAUUAGAGUACACCUAUACUAUCUUAAAUCGUCCCUGUAACCAAAUUGAAAUCGGUCGUUUUGAUAGUUUGUUUUAUGUACAAUACACAUAUUACAUUUAUGUAUAUUCGUGUCUACACUCUCUCAUUAAAUUCAAAUUAAAUACAGGAUAAUAUUGUGUACAUUUUAUAUACACGAAUACAAAGUAUUCUUUCAGUUGUUUUUUGCGAUAUUUUCUCGGAGGAUUUCUGUGUUGUUUUUCUUUUUUCAAAUUAUUACUGAAUCGUUUAAAAGGUUUAUUUUAACACCGUUUUAAAUUUUCGGUACCCCUAUACUCUUCACAUCCCUAGUGAGUAUUCACUUUAUUCUACAAAUAGAAACCCCCACCUUCCUUUUAAACACAUUUAGCAUAUUUUAUAAAUUAUUGAUAUAAUUAUAAGAAAAAAAAGAGGGACGUACGUCGCAUCUUGGGUAAGCCACUAAAGCUGUUGUAGGUGACAAACUCGGAAGGAAUAUGAUAUACAAGUGAAUUUAGUUUAUUUAUCGAAAGCAACGAUAAAUAAUUGCAAUUUAAAAAACGAUUGUGAGCGGAGCUCGGUAAAUUGAUAAGGUAAUUGUUUGUUGGUCGGGAUUUUCCCCUUGUAACCCAGAAAUCAGCACAAAUAAAACGUUUAUUACUAUAAUGGGCAUCAUGCGUUUGGGAGAGUAACUUUUUUUCCCGCAUUAUAAAAACUGUGUUCGGGCGAGUUCAUCAUAAUGUGUUUGAGUCAAUUUUUUAAUAAUGUGUUUGAACGAGUAUAAUAAGUACAAUGUAAAAUAUAAAUGAUGAAAUUGUGAACAACAUAUACUAAAAAUGUAAAUACCUACGAAUUAUAAUCAUUCACAAUUGUUUUUUCUGUAUAGUCAAUCAGAUAAGAUAACAAAAAUUGCGAUUUCCCUGUAAGUAAUAAUAUAAUAAUAAUAAAUUAAAUAAUAAUUAUAUUGUUCUAAACUUAAUGGUUAUAGUGUUUCAAAUAUCGGACUAGCUCGAAUACUGGAAACGUGAAAUAUAAUGUUUUAGUUAUUAGUAUUUAGUAUUAGUUCAUAGUUAUCAAUUAUUACGAGUCGCGCACCAAAUAUGGAUUGUAAAAUUGAAACCGCUUUUACUACAGAACGACAUAAACGAUGUAUUUCGAUUGAAAAUGUUUAAUCAUAUUAGUGGAAUUUAUAAACAGUUCAAAGUCUGUCAAAAUGAGAGAGGAAAUGUAUUAUUAGCCGCCCAAACCCAUUAAAUUAUUUUAAAAUCACUGGCUCGAACGCAUUGUGGAAAAUUGUCCAAACACAAUGCAAUAUUGAAUUUUUACAAACUCGCCCAAACGCAAACCGCCCAUUUAUAAUGUAUUUAUGUAACAUUUGUAUUGUCUUUUUUUUUUUAGAUUCCGAGCGUAGCAAGGGGACCUCUUAGUUUUGCAAUGCUAUUUAUUUUUUUUUUUUCUUUGUUCUAGUCUGUGGACACGUUUUUUCUUAAUAAACUUACUCCGAUUUUUAUAUGUAGCACGAAGUAAUUUUUUGAUUUUUGACGCCGUUUUUUAAAUAAAAGCACUUAAGUGGGAAAAAAGGUAGGAAGACGAACAAUUUCAAGAUUCAUUAUUUUAUAAAAACACGGACAACGUUUUCUACCAGAAAAAAUGAUUUAAUUGAAAAAUCACAAGAUACCUUUUUUGUAGCCUUUUUGAUUAAAUAGCUUACUGUAUCGUUUCCAAAAUUGUUGAGCCAUUUUUGAGCUUUUAAGAAAUUUUAAUUUUUGGGAAUUUUUUUGCUGUGAUUCUGCUAUAAAUACACGUAGAGACUUGAAACUUGGUAAUAAUACUUAUAUUGGACUUACCUAGACAUGGUAAAAUUUUCAUAAUCAUUGGUCGCCUUUUUUUUUUAAUAAACAUUUUGAAAUCUAAUUUAAACGAAAAUCAAAAAAAAAAUUACGCCACUUCAAAUUAUGUAUUAGUGAACUGCGCUCGGAAUCGUUUUUCGUCAAGUAAUGGUUUAUCGUUGCUUACAGAUAUAAAUGAAAUAGGCUAAUGUAUCCUACCUUCCUAACUUCUCCCCUACAACACUGACCUCUCCCAUACCCAGUAUCAGCUUUUUUUUUUUUACUUUUUCCUACGGCCGCGACCUUACAAUUUUGUUGAUGAUCGUUUUUGAAAACUUUACAUAAUUUGUAUGGCAUUAUAGUUUCCACUGGUAUAUUAUGUGUUCUACAAUACAGUGGCGGUUUUAAGUAUUUUUACCUUGAACCAAAAAUUUAAUUUUCCACACACCCACCCGCCCGCCCCUGCCAAAAAUACCCCAAAAUCUACAAACCAGGGAUAAAUUGACUAAAUUUCCUUGGGAGCUUCAAUGACAUUUAUCAAAUUUUUGUAUUUAAAAAUUAUUUUAAUGACUUAUGUUUUGUAGAAAGAAAAUAAUUUUUUUAAAUUUCUGAACACCCAGACACCCACGACCCACCCACUCGUUUUGUUGUGAAUCGUGUGAAUCAAAUGUACCUCAUUCGCGUCGCCACUAUCACAAUAUUUUGUGCGUAACAAUAAUUAAUCGCGGUGGUUUUUUCCAGGACCAGCGAUUUAGAAGUGGGCGAUCAGAUAGUGAAUGUCAACGGGCAGCAUCUGGCGGGACUGGACCCGGCGGACGCCAACCGUCUCCUGAAUGACGGCAAUAGCGCGGUGGACCUGUUGGUGGCCAAAUCGAAUUAUCCGGCGGCAGAUGCGACGGCUGUGUCAGGUAACGAUGACCGUGUGAACGACCGCGGUGGCGUUAAACUGGGAAUGCUGGAGACUUCGGUGGACUACGACAACGGUUACGGCGCGUCCGCACGUGCCGCGCAACCCGCGGUACUUCAAAAGUACAACAAAAACGGACAGACUGUCGUGUACGUGACGCCGCCGCCGCCGCCGCCUCCGCAGGUACAUCGUCUGGCCAAAAAGAACGUGUCUACGGUGUACUUAAAGGGUGGUGGUGGUCACGCGGACGAGUUCUCCGGCACGGAUUGCACGACGUUUUGCACGUUGCCGAGACGGCCCAGGUCAACGUUGUGCACGUUUCACACAUUCGUGCUGGAAAAAGGCCCCGGGAAAAAAGGCCUGGGAUUCACGAUCGUGGGCGGCAAGGAUUCGCCGAAAGGCGCCAUGGGUAUAUUCAUCAAGAGCAUUUUGGAAAACGGACAGGCCGCGGAAGACGGCAGACUGAAACCGGGUAGGUACCUGCUGUCGGCAUAAGAUUGUACAAAUAUCGGAAUGUUUGAGAUUAUAUUUUCAGCGAUUUUUUUUCCCCCGAAUCUGGCGUACGGGGGGACAACUGAUUCCGUUCUAGAAGGCGAAGGUUAACUUCCCCUUUUUUGUCGACUCCACUUGCAGAUAUCGGUCACCUUGAUCCUCGAUUUACUACUUAUUAGUGCUGAGGAUCAAAUCCGGAUGGAACGUCAUAAUCCAUUUAAUCUGGAUUAUGGAUAUAAAUCCGAAUUAUAGAAUAAAAUAUCAUUUAUUUAAACCAAUAAACGUAAUAUCCGUUUAACUGUUCCAAAUCGUUUCGAUUGAUGUCAUCUACUAUCUAGGUCUUACUCUUUUAGUACCCAGUCCAUUUUAGGUAAAUUAACGGAUUGGAAAUAGUAACGCAGAUUCUGGAUUGGUAAAAAUAUCGCUCAGCGUUACAUUUCCCGUGCACCGUCUUCUCAAAUGUCUGACCGUUUCUCCGGCUUUAUCCAUACAAAUUCGUCCCGAGCCUUGUGCGAUAUUUUUUCGUAGUCCAACGUUGCCGGUUUAUAAAGUAUAUCCAUACAUGCACGAACGCGUGUGUUUGAAAAUAAUUUCGAAAUUUCGUUUCUAGAUUUGUUUUGAUUGCCUUAUGUAUGACGGUAUUGGUCAUACCUAUCACGGAAUAAUGACGUAAUAUAUGAUAUUGUUAAAAAAAAGUAUUCUCUUUUCCAUUACGUUUUAUAAUAACUGUCCGAAAAACAUUUUAUUUUUUUCUCGGAAAACUUUUUAUUCUAUUUUAAAGCGCACGAAGUAAUAUAUACUUUUUUUUUUUCUCAAAUUAGAUAAUCGUCACGUAUUCAGUUGACUGUAUAAUGGGUUUUUAUCGAAUAUGUUUUUUUUUUAAAUUUCUGAUAAUUCUAUGACUAAUACGUAUAAAAAAAAAAAGUUGUUUUAUAUAAAUUACCAUUAUCCAGUAUAUACUCGCGUAUAAUAAUAUUUAAUUGUGUCAUAUUUUCGUCAUGUUCUUGUGUACUUAAUUACAAAAUUCUACUGUUUCGUAACUUUUUUUAAUUGACAAUAAAUAAUAAUUAUUAUUGGCCUAAGGCGCUAGUACACUGGAUCCGGUUCAGUUCGGUUAAUCGUUUUACCCGAAGAUAGUCACCCAGAAUAGUGUAUAGUUAAACCGGUUGACCAGUUACUCUAUAACUAUAGUAGCGAAACUAUAGCGAAGAAAUUAUCAGUGUUACUAAGAUUCGAAAUCCCUAAUACGUUUUCUAAAAAUUGCUUUUUAAUUUUUUUUUUUUUUUUUUUUUUCGAAAACACGUUUCUGGUUUAGGCAAACGUUUCAAUUUUUCACUCAGUGAAAAGAUGUGAAAUUUCUGCAAUGGUAAUUUAUUUAAAACAUUUUACCUCAGCUGAUGAGUGUUUUUUUCUAUUGACUCUAACUGAUUCUGGAUUACCGCGGCAAUAACGUAACAAAUUUUACUAAAACUACCCCGCUCAGAAUUGUUGCAUUAAAGUAUUUACUGUGUGGAUAAUAAGUACAGGAUAAUUUAGUUUUAUGUUAACUAAAUCACUCUGUAUAUCUAUUAAGGUCCACAGACAUUUUUCUAAGCGGGGGGGAGCAAUAUUCAAUAUUUUAUACUUUAUGCAAUACACAAUUCGAAAAAAGAACAAUAAAACAAUUGUUUAACUAUGACAAACGUAUUGUCGUAUUAAAAGCUAGAAGGGUGCUAACGUUUUGUCUUAUCCCUCUCCCUCCGGACGCCUAUGUGUAUAUUCUACCUUUCAAACUAUUUUUAAACUGUUUAUUUGUUGUUCGUUCCUUACUAUUAUAGUUGCCAUGCCAACGAUAUUAAAUAUGUAGGACGUACAGGUAUAAUAUUGUGAACCAUCCCGUUUUGAGUGUUGUUUGCGUACAAUAUAAUCAAAUAUUACACAAUAUUCGUCAUGUGUUCCAUGUUACAGUGAAUUUUCCCAUGCCAUAUUAACCGAUGUGAACACUUUUCGUAAUCAAAUAAUCUAUUGUAAAAUGUCACGUUUGCCUUAUUUUUGACGGUGAAAUCAUUAGGUACCGACAUUUAGUUUUCAAACGGCGACAUAUGUGUGUGUAAUAAAUAUUUACAACUACGACAGAUCGACGGUGAUAAUAUUCGAUAGUAUUGUAAAAUGCAUUAUUGUUUACGAUAGUAUAAUAAUUUUUGAAAAAUUGAUUGGAGAGAUAAAUACGAUAACAAGUAAUUGACAGGGAUGACGUGUUUAAAAUAAAAAAAAUACAUAUUUUUUGAUUACGGUUUUUUUUUAUUAUUAUUAUAACAAGUAUAAUAAUAAUGCCAGUAAAUUUGCGUUGUCAGUAUAAGCAUAGAUAACAAAACGAAUCGCCUCAAAAGGAAAUAAUACAUAUUAUUAAUUUAUAACGUCAGCUUAUUCAUGUACAACUAUACGCCAUUCAAUACUAAUGUAUAUUAUUGUUACGCAGGAGACGAAAUACUGGCGGUCAACGGAAACGUAUGUCACGAUUUGACCCAUUCUGAAGCAAUAUCGCUGUUUAAAUCGUUCAAAAGUGGUUCGAUUGCUCUCCACGUGUGUCGCAGAUCCAAAGCGUCGAAUAGGUACACAAAAUAUACAUUAUUAUUACCAUGAGUCGAAUCGUUUUAAUAGUACGUACAUAUAUUAUGGAUUUACUGUUUAUACAGUAUUCAAUCGAAUUGGUUACCGUUGAAGGCGGGAAGUCGGCAAGGUACUAUAGAAUAAUAGGAGAGGUAUAGGUAAUUUGUGUGGCAAGGUUAGAAAACUAUAGUGGGUUUUUUUUUUUGUUUUCAUAAGACUGAAACGAAACCCUGUUGUUUCGACAGAAAAAACUUCAAAUAAUCCGGAAUUCAACGGGAAUAUACCUCCCACGUAGACAUUGAAAUCGAGAAGUCUACUUCCGAGAUGUUGUUGUUGCUGUAAUUUUGCCUACAGUGCGUUUCACGAAAUUAGAGACUGCGAAGUACUGAAAAACUCGACCGGCGGUCACAUAUUUGAAUUCUAGUGUCGUUCAAACGUCGUGUGAGCUCGUAAAUCGAUGCAAAAAACAUAGAUUUUAACCUUCGGACACAUGACGUCAUAGUAGUCUGUAGGAUCAAAAUUAAUCAGUUCUCGGCGUCUGUAAUUCGUUUUCGGGUAUUUAAUAAAUCUUUUUGAAAUCUUUUAAGUUACUUACGCGAUGCAAAAGUUUCGGAGCAUUUUUACUUUACGAAAAAAUCACAGCUUAGUAAAAUGUUAUAAACGAGAUUUUUUAAAUUAAAAUUAAUGUUUUAAUAUUCAUUUUUAGUUUUUAAAACUGAAAUUUAUGUUUUAAUAUUACGCCUUAAACUUUUAAUACCCGCGUGAUUUAAUAUACAUAAUAAAUACGCGGUAUUCGAAUUUGUUUUCAAACAAAGUGUUGAAUAAAUUAAGCACAUUCAAUUUUCAUCCACAAUUCAAACUACAUAAUAUGAUACGACCUGCAAUUGUAAGUCCCACACCAGUCUGAAGCCGGUCUCCUCCACGACAGGUGUAUUCGGCCAAUAUUGCGUUCGGCAACAAUAUUGGCUUGGUUAUGAUCAUAUUAUAUAGAAGACUGGUACACAUGACCGAUUGAAUACUGGUACCUGUAACGAUGCACACUUUGUUGGUCAUGGGUCAGAAUCUCUCGGACCUCAGUUAUAUGUAUACAAAUCGGUUCAUCUAGCUUAGUGCGCAAUGAGGAACACCAAGAGCGCUGUUCAAAUAAUCAGAUUUUGCCCGGGUUCGCGUUUAAUUUCUAUGAUAAUACUUAAUUACGUCGUAAACGUAACGCAGUUACGACGUAGUAUAGCGUUCUUAGUACACGCGACUGCGACCAGUGACCGACCAACAUUGGUACGAUUACGACAUUCGUGCGGGACUGAAUCGAUACGCGUUCAAAUGACUUAAACAAAAAAAUAUCGCCUUUUCGAAUCUGGCAAAAAAUUAAAAAAAAAAAAAAAUUGUUAUGCCUACUGUUUGAAAAUGAAUAAAUAUAUACGAUACGCGUGCGAAAACUCGAACGAUUCCAUAAGCGAUUUUUGGAUAUUGGUUCGACGUAAUAUUAAAAUGCAAUCGAGUUCGGUUAAAAUCUUACGCGUCGAUAAAUCGCCGAUUCGCGAGUAGGAAAACAAUUGGUUUUUUUUUUUUUAAAUAAAAACCACUGUUAUACCUAUACAUAUUACUAUAGCUCGUAACAUAGUAAAUUAGCAUUUUACGUUCUUCGUUUUUUUUUCUCUUAUUCUCGAAACUAAGAUGACUCGUUUUAUUUUUCAGAGAUACCAAAGCCAAGUCAUGUACGAACCUAUUGAACGAUGACAACGCAAGAUCGGAUUAAUAAGUGCCGCACCAUCUAUCUACACUACACUCCCGUGUGCAGUGCAGCAUAUAUGAUGUUUUGUUUAUUUUUUUUAAUUUUUUUUUUUCUCCCAUGGUUCCGAUCGUUACAAUCUAGUCUUUGGCGUCAAUUAGAAAAUUACGACGACGGUUUACGCGACAUGUACAAUCUACGUCUAUGUUAUUAUAAUGAUUCGCCAUACGAUAAUAUUACUAUAAUAAUAUGUUAUAAGUCCUCAAAGUCUCGCAUGCGACCGAGUGUAGCCAUAACGUAUCUCUAUAAUAAUAAUAAUAAUAAUUAUGUUAUAAUAUGUUAUGCUAUUAUAAAAUAUUAUGAAAAUACUUAUUAUUAUAUUGUCGAUGUUUUAUAUUAAAACUCGGUAUUAUUACUGUUUUAGUUCCUGUGAUUAAGUAUAUUAUAAUAUUUAGACGGUGUUUACGUAUACCUAUAAUACUAUUGUAUAGUGUAUGCUCUUACCUGUAGCGAUUUCCAAUAACCGUUUCUCGAGUUUUGUAUAGAAAAAAAAAAAAAAACUACCCGAUUGUUUUAUAUGAUAUACUGUAAUAUUAAAUACUUAUACCUACCUAUAUAUUAUACCAUUUCGGAACGUUGUAACGCUACGCGACGGACUGCGCGUAGUCGUGCUUAUGUUUUGUUGAAAAUUAUAUGUAUAAUAUUAUAUUAUUGUAAUAGAACCGAUGAUAUUUUGUUUUGAUUUUUGUGUGUUUUUGUCGUUGAAUUAAAAUUUCGUAACAAGACGCUUUUCCUGGUUGAAAUUUCCAAUAUUAAAAUGUUCAGUACGGAAGUCGUUAUAGACUAAUCUAUUAAAGUACAUAGAAACUAAGUUGAUUUAUUGUACGUUACGCUGGCCCUCC